AUGCCAUAUCCAUAUCCUCCACAGACUCCGUGCCAGGAUCCAGUAAAUGGCGAAACCCCUCCAACCAGCCCACUGCAUAGCCCAAAAUCUAGCCUACUUUUCCCAAAGGUCGAUUACGCCGAAGCUUUCACUCGUAUCUACCAUGAUAGCCCCCAAAGCUCCUCUCCACCCAGCAGCCUUUGUCCUUCAUCGCCCCCAACAUCUGUUACUUCCUCUGGGCACCAUGACUUUGGACACGCUGAUGUCAGUCCACCUAUGAGAAAGCAUGAGGGGCGACACCAUAUUUCACAGUCUGGUUACCACCCUUACGUCCGAAAAAAUCCCCCCACACCGCAGGCAGUGCGCAAGAUAGCAGGCAUGAUGGGAAGAUUAGCUACCAGUACAAAUUCAGACCAUGACGACGAUGAAACGGCUCGCCUAAUAUUUUCGCAGGGCCUGCAGCAGAUGUCUACUGAACGUGUUCGCCGUGCUGCUUAUUACAAGGAAGCAGAACUGGAAUACCAUCGGCAUCUCUCAAUGACUUUAGCUUGGGAGGCGGAGAAGAAGCUCUCAAGGCUCAAAUACAGUGGCUCAAAAAACUGUCCGCAUGUUUUGACAUUUUUCACUAUCUAUGAUAUUGUUAUGGCUUCAGGGCUUUUAUUUGAGCUCUACACCGUGGGAAUCGGCGGAGAUAUGGUGGAGAUAUAA